AUGUUAGGUUAUUACAUCACGGUUAAGUCAUGGUCUCCAGAUUGUAAACCAUGUGAAGCCUCCUUUGGAAACAUCAUGGUUUGGAUAAGAAUUACGAGAUUGAGUAUAUGGUAUUACCAUGAGAAAGCCAUAAUGCAUAUUGCCUCCGCUAUAGGUAAACCAGUCAAGGUAGACCUUGCAACCAAGUUGGUAGAGAGAGGCAAAUUUGCUCGGGCUUGUGUUCAAGUGAAUUUAGGGCUGCUGGUUGUUCAGAGAGUAGUUGUGGACGACUAUAAAUAUAGCGUAGAAUAUGAAUGUUUACAAUUAAUAUGUGAGAAGUGCAAUUGCUUUGGGAAUGUCGCAAGUGAAUGUAGCGUAACCGUGAUUACCUCGGCAUCUGUGGAUGACCAGGUAGGGGCAGUUGACACGGCGGCGAAUCAUGAGAAACGUCCGUCAGACCAGGUUCAACAAGUUUUUAAAUUUCGAUCUAUUCCCAUUAAUUCUGUGCCAAUUGUUGAUUCCGCAAAGAAGAUAAAGGCAAGCACGCUGCAUAGGAGGAAGGAAGGGAUGGUUAUGUUGGGGAAAAAGAGGGCUGCACUAAGCUUUGUUGGCAAGGAAAGAGGUAAAGUGGGUAAAAUAGGGAAGGCCCAAUUUGCUACUAAAGGCAAGAAACCUCUCAUUUUUUGGCAGCAGAUGGGCCGGACUAGGAAUGGCCCGAAGAAGGAAGUUAAGGAGCCUUUAGGACAUGCUGGGUUGGCUAGCGGGUCUUACUCCUCUCAAGCACGUCAAACAUCAAUGAAGGAUAGGGUGAAGAUCAAGGAUGUCGCUGCGGUCGCACGAUCAAUUACCUUUACUCUUAAAAAUGACCACAGAAGGUUGCACCUUGCCUCAUUGCAAAACUCACUGAUGUUCCAAGCCAAUAAUGGUGCACCAAACUAG